AGGCUGACCCUUUGGAGCUCCGGAGGCCUUCCAGCGCCUGAUGUUUCUCCUGGAAGGCGGGGAGGUGACCAGACACGGCUCCUUUCUGAGCCCCUCCAGGGCCAGCUGGUCCGGGACCCUUCUUCACUCUGGGGAGUGGGUGGUUUCCCUGAAAGGUGGAGCUGGAGUAGUAGCCAGCCCUGGUACCCAGAACAGAGUGGAGGCGGGGGCAGGAGAGCCUGGGAAUCCCUGGUAAAUCUGUGGGAAGUGACCUGAGGCUGGCUUCUGCCUCAACCGCUCCCCCAAACCCACCAGUAUCUCCACAAAUGGAUCAUGAGGCCCUGGGGAUCAAAGAAGGGGGCAGGAAGGGAUCAGAAAGAGGGCCACCCCCGCGGGGCCACACUGUUGAUUGUUACCAAGAACAGGAAGCUAGGAUACCACAGGGGUGGGGAGGAGGAAGCAGGCAAAGCCUUCCCCCCACGGGUCCGCCAGUGCCUCCAGGUUUCUACCAGGUUUCCAGGGGCUGGGCCUCAUGCUGCGCCAUGAGCACGCCCUCUACCUUCCCAAGGCUGGGCCCAGCAGCAGUUUGAGGAGCUGGAAGCUGAUUUCUCGGGUGAAGAGCAAGGAAGCUGGGGGCCAGGAGAUGGGAGAGAAAUGCCUGGACAUCUGUGGAGGUGUGGGGCUAGAGCUCAGGAGGGGUGAGCGCACCACCCACAAGCCUCAGGUGGGACAAGCUGCCCUGCAGCCGCUUCUCCCCAGACUGGCCAGGCUGCUGGAAUGGGGGAAGGCCCGGAGUUCCCUCAGAGCGACUCCUCCACCCCCAGAACCUUCCUCAUUCCUGGGGUGGAACAGCCCCAGACAGCUCUCAAACCUUCGUCUCUCCAGUCACUGAUUUGCCUUCCAGAGUUGGCGUUUAGGUUCUGGCCACCCUUGACUCCAGAGAAAGCACAGCAAGAGUUGAAAGCCAGAAAGAGCCACGUGCACUGAAUCUAAGCCGUGGCAUGUAAGCCAUGUGACCUCGGGUCAGUUACUGAACUUCCCUGAGGCUCAGUCUCCACAUCAGGCUCCUCUCUUCCCAGGCAGAGGAUCCUGGCCUGCUCUGAUCCAUCAAAUGGGCCUGGGCCUCUGAAGUGCUCGGGAGCUGUCAGCUGGAGAAGCCAGCCCGGCGAGGGAGCCGGUGGGGGGCAUCAUGUCUGGCAGGAGGAUCCAUGUCUCCUCUCUCCCAGACCCCCUUCCUCCUGACUGCCCCCUUUCUCCGGCUAGUCUGCAGGGACAGAGCUGCCUGGGCACAUGCCCCCCUCCUCUCACCAGGCCCCAGUCCCAGGCCUGCCAGCCAUAACUUGCUGUCCCCAGUGUCAGAAGCCCCUUGGAGGGGCAGCUGUGUCUGGAAUUCCCUGAGGUUCUUGCUCCCCAGCAGUACCUGGGGAGCAGGCCAGGCUGCUGCCAGCCACAGCGUCAAAGGCUGCCACCCUGUAAAAUUCUGAAAGGGAAGAUCAUGGGCAUGGGGCCUGCUGCUGGGGCCAGGACUCCGGGGUCCCGCACAUUCCACAUGUCUUGCUCCCCUCCCUAGCCCUCUUCAUUCCUCUCUCGAGAAGCCCUAGGCUCAUAGGUCCUCCCCUACAUCGCCCCCAAAUCCUGGGCCAGCCUAGGCCUGCUUCUGCCCCAGUGUGACAGGCUCCUGCUUGCCCCUGGCUGUGUGGGGGAGACAGAGACGCAGUGAGCUAGGAGCUGGAAGGCCUUAUCCGGGAGAAGCAGGGAGACACUGGAGGAGAGAGCCUGGGGACCCUGCUGUCCCUCUCCCCACUCCGUGAUGUCCUUGGACACCCCAGAUAGACAUCGGGAUGAGGCCCUCAAUCCUGUUUGCUGCCUUCCUCUGGCUCCGGGGUCUCUUGGCCAAGGGAGAUGAAUGUCUCACCCUGGCAGGGAGCCUGGAUGAAGAGAGUGGAGGACCACCUCUGAAAGUGAACAUCAGCAGCCGGGGGAGGCCUACUAGCCUCUUUCUGAGCUGGGCAGCCCCAGGGCCAGGCAAGUUGAGCCAUGCCCUCCGCCUCACCCACCUGAGUCCCCUGGGCUCUCCAGAAGGGCAGCCGCUCCAGGCCCACACCAACGCAUCCAGCUUUGAGUUCCGGGACCUGGUGCCAGGAAGUCGCUACCUGCUGGAAGUGACUGCCCUGCGACCUUGCGGACAGAAUGCCACCGUCACCCUCGCUGCCCGCACAGCCCCCUCGACAGUCUGCAACCUGCGGCUCCACAGCCCUGGGAGCCCAUCCAGCCUCGAGGCCUCGUGGGGCGCUGCCCCUGGGGAACGGGAUGGCUACCAACUUCUCCUCUAUCACCUAGAAUCCCAGACAUUGGCGCAUAACAUCUCCAUGCCACCAGGCACCCUGUCCUACAAUUUUAGCAACCUCCUUCCAGGUAGCGAGUAUGUUCUAGAGGUUACCACCUGGGCUGGCAACCUCCAGGCAAAGACCAGCAUCCGUCAGUGGACAGCCCCCCUGUCUCCUCCUGAGCUGGUGCUGCGGACCCUGAGCACCAGAGCCCUGCAAGCCUCCUGGAACGGCUCUGAGGGGGCUGCCUGGCUCCACCUGGUGCUCACGGACCUCCUGGGUGGCACCAACCUGACCGCCGUAGUCAGACGUGGCGUCUCCAAUCACACCUUCCUUCACCUCUCUCCGGGCACCCCCUACGAGCUGACGCUCAGUGCCGUUGCCGGGCGCCAGCGGGUGGCGGGGCCCAAUGCCACCCAGUGGACCUAUCCCUCUGCCCCUCUGGACCUGGUGCUCAUUCCCCUAAGCUCCGUGCUCCAAGCAAGCUGGCAGGCAGGGCCUGGUGCCCGCGAUGGCUACCUGCUCAGGCUAAGCGGGCAGGUGGAGAAGAACACCACUCAGGACCCUGGAGCGCUCAACGCCACUUUCCCAGGGCCCCUGCCCGCUGGACACUACACUUUGGAGCUGGGGGCUCUGGCUGGGCCCUAUGGUGCCUGGGCGCAGGCCAGUGCCUGGCUGCAUGGUUCUGCCGCCCAGCCCAGACAAAGCAAUGGUACCACGCUGCAGCUGGAUGGGCUGGCAGCCACCAGGGAGCCCAGGACACAGGCACUGCUCUACACCGAGGGAGCCUCAGGCCUCCUCGGAAACAUCUCCGUGCCAUCUGCUACUACCCGGGUCACUACUCAGAGCCUCCCAGACCAUACCAAGCCCCAGGCACCACAGUCCCUGGAGGUCACCAGCAGGGGCAGCCCCUCUGACCUGGCCAUUGGUUGGGCCCCCGUACCAGGGCAGCAGGAAGGCUACAGGGUCACCUGGCAGCAGGAGGGCAGCCAGAGGUCACUGGGCAGUCUUGUCGACUUGGGACCAGAUAGCUCCAACCUGACUCUGAGGAGUCUAGUGCCCGGCUCCUGCUACACUGUGUCCGUGUGGACCUGGGCAGGGAACCUCAGCUCCAGCGUUCUGAGGGCCCGUGCCUGCACCCUCCCUGGUCCUCCUGCCAACCUGACCCUGGGCCUUGCCUCCCGGCCUGCUGCCCUGAUGGCCUCCUGGAGCCCCCCACCGGGGGGCAGGGACGGCUUCCAGCUGUGGCUUUACCGCUUGAGGCCCCUGACUCUGGAAAGCAAGGAGACUCUAGCUCCGGAGGCUCAGAACUUCUCCUGGGUGCAGCUGCCCCCGGGCACUGAGUUCCUGGUUCAGCUGGUGACCCUGCGGGGUCCAGAUGAGAGCAGCAGCGCCAAUGCUACCGGCUGGACGCCCCCCCUCGCCCCCCCUCUGGUAAAUGUGACCACUGAAGGUCCCAACCAGCUCCGGGCAUCCUGGCUCCAUGCUCCCGGGGCACGAGACGGCUACCAGGUGACUCUGUACCAGGCAGGUGCCCAGGCAGGCACCAGCCCCGUGGGAGCUCAGGUGGACAGCACCAGCUUCUCCGCUCUGACCCCGGGCACUCAGUACGAGGUGGAGAUUAUCUCGAAAGCUGGGCCCCUCCACUCGGCAGCAGCCAACGCCUCUGGCUGGACCUCCCCGCUCACGCCCAAUGAGCUAUUGGUGUCGAUGCAGGCGGGCAGUGCUGUCAUCAGCCUGGCCUGGGCCAGUGGCCCCCUGGGACAUGGGGUGUGCCAUGCCCAAAUCUCAGAGACUGGGCACCUCUCCUGGGAGCAGCCCCUGCGGCUCGGCCAGGCCCGCCUGGUUCUCCGGGACCUCACACCCGGACGCAAUCUCUCCCUGUCCGUGCUGUGCCGGGCGGGGCCGCUGCAGGCUUCCACUCACCCCGUGGUGCUGCCUGUUGAGCCUGGCCCUGUGGAGGAUGUGCGGUGUCAGCCAGAGGCCACGCGCCUGGCCCUGAGCUGGAUGGUGCCCUCGGGGGACGUGGACGUCUGUCUGGUGGCGGCAGAGCAGCUGGCAGCGGGAGGGAGUGCUCACCUCGUCUUCCAGGCCAACACCUCGGGGGACUCUCUCCUCUUGCCCAGCCUGGUGCCUGCCACUUCCUAUCGCCUCAGCCUCGCCGUGCUGGGCAGGAACGGUCUGUGGAGUCGUGGGGUCACCCUGGUGUGCGCCACUUCUGCGGAGGGCUGGCACCCCCCGGACUUAGCGGCAGCCCCCCAGCUGGAGUCAGAGGCGGGGAUGGGGGUGAUGAUCACACAGGGUAUGUUUGGCAAGGACGAUGGGCAGAUCCAGUGGUAUGGCAUCAUUGCUACUACCAACAUGUCACUGGUUCGGCCUCCCCAGGAAGCCAUCAACCACACGUGGUAUGACCACUACUAUGGAGGACGUGACUCCUACCUGGCCAUCCUGCUUCCCAACCCCUUCUACCCUGGGCCCUGGGCUGUGCCGAGAUCCUGGAUGGUGCCUAUGGGUACAGAGGACUGUGGCCAGACCCAGGAGAUAUGUAACGGGCAACUCAAGCCGGGUUCCCAGUAUAGGUUCAGUGUUGUGGCUUUUACCAGAUACAGCCCUCCUGAGACCAUUAUCUCCUUCUCGGCCUUCUCAGAGCCCCGGGCCAGCAUCCCUGGGGCAGCCAUGCCCCUCCCAGCGGCGGCGGGCAUCAUGGGGGGCUGUGUCCUCACCGUCUGUGCCAUGCUGGGCCUGCUGUGCUGGAGGAGGGUGAAGGGGCAGAGGGCAGAGAAGAAUCGGUUUUCCCAAGAGCUGACAGCUUUUAACCUGCGGCGGACCCACCGGCCCAUCCCGAUUCAGAGUUUCCGGCAGAGCUAUGAGGCCAAGAGUGCACACGCACACCAGGCUUUCUUUCAGGAGUUCGAGGAGCUGAAGGAGGUGGGCAAGGAGCAGCCCAGGCUGGAGGCGGAGCACCCGGCCAAUGCCGCCAAGAACCGUUACCCACACGUGCUACCCUAUGACCACUCCCGGGUCAGGCUGACCCCGCUGGACGGAGAGCCCCACUCCGACUACAUCAACGCCAACUUCAUCCCAGGCUACAGCCACCCACAGGAAUUUAUUGCCACCCAGGGGCCUCUCAAGAAAACUCUGGAGGACUUCUGGCGGCUUGUGUGGGAGCAGCAAGUUCACAUCAUUGUCAUGCUGACUGUGGGCAUGGAGAAUGGAAGGGUGCUGUGUGAGCAUUACUGGCCAUCAGACCCUACCCCCAUCACCCACGGUCACAUCACAGUCCACCUGCUGGCCGAGGAGCCCGAGGAUGAGUGGACCAAGCGGGAAUUCCAGCUGCAGCAUGUGGCCCAGCCGCAGCGGCGGCGGAGGGUGAAACAGCUGCAGUUCACCACCUGGCCUGACCACAGCAUCCCCGAGGCUCCCGGCUCCCUGCUCGCCUUCGUGGAGCUGGUACAGGAGCAGGCGAGGGCCACCCAGGGCGCGGGCCCCGUCCUGGUGCACUGCAGCGCGGGGGUGGGCCGCACGGGCACCUUCGUGGCCCUGUCGAGGCUGCUGCGGCAGCUGGAGGAGGAGCAGGCGGUGGACGUGUUCAACGCCGUGUACGCACUGCGGCUCUACCGGCCGCUCAUGAUCCAGACCCCGAGCCAAUACAUCUUCCUGCACAGCUGCCUCCUGAACAAGAUUCUGGAAGGGCCCUCUGACACUUUUGAGUCCCAGCCCAUCUCAGUGACGAACUUUGCACAGGCCUGCGCCAAGAGGGCGGCCAAUGCCAACGCUGGCUUCUUGAAGGAGUACAAGCUGCUGCUCCAGGCCAUCAAGGACGUGGCUGACUCUUCAGCGCCCCCUCCUGGCUAUGAGCAGGACAGCAUGGUCUCCUACGACUAUUCUCAAGUGCGGUUUUCUCCGAUGGAGGACAGCCCCCCUAAUGAGAUGCUCGAAGCCUGGCUCUUCCCGGGUGGGCCUUCUGGCCAUGACCACGUUGUGCUGACCGGCCCCGCAGGGCCCGAGGAGCUCUGGGAGCUGGUGUGGGAGCACGAGGCCCAGGUGCUGGUCUCCCUGUGCCCGCCUGACACCUGGGAGAAGUCACAGGAGUUCUGGCCAACGGAGACACGGCCUGUUGUCACAAGCAUGGUGACAGUGCACUGGGUGGCCGAGAGCAGCACGGCAGGCUGGCCCUGUACCGUCCUGAGGGUCAUACACGGGAAGAGCAGGAAGGAAAGGCCGGUGCAGAGACUGCUAUUCCCGUGCUGGGAGCCAGGGCGUGAGCUCCCGGCCACCACCCUGCUACCCUUCUUGGCUGCCGUGGGCCGGUGCUGCUCUCGGGACAAGACGAAGCCAGGCACACUGCUCAGCCAUUCCAGCAGGGGUGUGGCCCAGCUGGGCACCUUCCUGGCCAUGGACCAGCUGCUUCAGCAGGCAGGGGCCGAGUGCACCGUGGACAUCUUUAACGUGGCCUUGCAGCAGUCACAGGCCUGUGGCCUCAUGACCCCAACUCUGGAGCAGUAUAUAUACCUCUACACCUGUCUGAACAGCGCGCUCACGGACGGGCUGCCUUGAGUCGGCACCAGUCACUGUGCCUGUGCAGGAGCAGAAGAGGUCUGGGCCCGGCUGGGCCGUGACAAUCAGCCUCAGCAAGGCCCUGGGGCCUGGCUUCCCUGGGAGGGCAGCCUGCACGCUGGGCCCUGUGUUGUGAAGGGGCAGAAUUGAGGAAUAAAGAAUGUGGUCAAGCCUGA